AUGGCCCGUGUCGGGAUUCGGUCGCGGGCGAAGCGACGGCCAUCAGCGCCUUCGCCAGCAGCUGCGAGCAGCCUGGUAGGACGGCAGUAUGUCGGCACGGUACACGCGAAGCUCGCCGACUGGUUCGCAUCUCUCGGCGUGUGGAUCUCGCAACACCAGACUCUCUCUCUCCUCGCUACUGCCCUCGUAAUCUGCAGCCUCCUCUCGCCAGCCAUCCUCCUCACGUUUUCGCCAUCCGGAUCCAUCUUCGACAUCAGUACGAGCGCGAUUACCCGCCGCGGACGAGGCGAGCUGGUAUGGGAACUGGACGGGAUGAAGCGGCAAGGGCUGAUCUCGACAGAGGAGGAGGUAUGCUGGGACAGGGUCAAGGUGUUCUACGAGAAGACGGGGAGGGAAGGCGGAGGACGGAGAGUACGCGUCGAGCAGGUCUUGGUCGGCGCAGGAGCGGUCGGCGGGCGAGGGACGAUCAGCAAGGUCGUCUUGCAUCGGACUUGGCGAGUCCAGGAAGAGCUGGAAAGGCGUCUACUGGCGGGCGAAAUCGAGGGCAACCGGUGUUUGCGGACAAAGGAAGACGGCAGUCCGCGCUGCGCGGUCAUCAGCCCCGUCGGUUGGUGGAGCAGCGAGGACGAGCUGCUGCGCGACGAGGACGUUCAUCGGACGUUGAGCCUUCCUCCACGUCCGAGAACAGAGUCGCGGGCGUUGCCGCUUACAGUCUCGCAGACGUUUGUGGGCGUCGGCAGAGAUCGACAUGGACUCGUCAAAUCGGCUCAGCAGCUGGUCCUCAACUUCCUUUUCGACGACGGACCCAUCGCCGCGCCUCUCGCCCCCUCUUCUUUACCCGGAGUCAACUCGACUGUCGCUGAAAAUGCAGCGCGAUCUGCGGCUUCGUCGGCUUGGCGAAAGGCCGUGCAAGAAGUAGUCGACCGCAAGGACCAGCGGUCGUCGGCAACGGGCAGAGCUGCCGACCCGAUGGGCGUCACGACCGAGAACCGGAUGCCGCCUCGACACAUCGUCCUCAAGUACCUCCCGCACCUGACUGUGGCGGGUCACCAUCGUCGACUGGAGAACCUCAUCUACGGCGUGGGGUACCUCCUCGUCGCCCUCUACGUCUGGCGAUACAUCCGCAAGCUCCGCGCCCAUUCGAAACUCGGUCUGCUUGUAACCGGCUGCGUCGAGCUCGCUGCGAGCGGGAUUAUGUCGGUCAGUAUUUGCUGGCUUCUUGGCUGGAGCCUCGGACUGGUACCCUGGAACCUGCUCGCCUUCCUCGUUCUCACCUCCGGCCUCGACAACAUGAUUCUCGUCCUCCGGUCCAUCGCAAGCACCGAUGUCAACCUGCCUGUCCCGCAACGCAUGUCGAUCGGCUUGCGUUCCGUCGGCGUGGAGAUGACGAUCCUGCUCGCGGUGGAGGAGUUGAUGGCGCUGCUCUUGCUGUGCUGGGUUCAGAUCAGCGUCAUGCGGGAGUGGAUCCGCUUCGGCGCCGUCGUUCUGGUUGUCGACUAUUUCCUCGAGAUUACCUUCUUCUCGACAGUCCUGUCCAUCGAUAUUCAACGCCUCGAGCUCGCCGACCUCCUCGCCCAGAAUCCGUCCUUGGGCUACCAAGCCGUCCCUUCGGCCGCUCUAGGCGAGAAAGGACGCACAGGAGCUUCUAGGACUGCGUCCGUUGGCGCAUCGGUCAAGUCGGCGUGGAAGGUGCUGCGCGAUCGGCCAGCGAAGACGUCGACCGUCGCGUUCUUAUGGGCGAUCAACCUGCUCCUCUGGGCUUUCUACGGCAGCGAGCACUACCUGCCCGCAGUCUGCUCGCAGACCGCCCUUUCCUCCGACCGACCUUUCCUCGCACCUUCCCUCGCGCCCGACAUCACUCGGUCCCUCCGUCUCGGCCAAACCUCCGACCCUUCCUCAUCUUCAUACCUCGACAUUCCCGCCGGAGCAGCCUCGGCUUUCUGGCAGCUCGUCAACCCGUCCAACGCGACCAGCGUGCAAGUCUACCUCGAGCCCACCGUCUCCAUCCAGUUCUUCGACGAAGACAUCCUCGCCGCGCCAGAGAGCAUUGACCUGCUCUUCCCGACCGACUCGGCGCCUUCGAUCGUCACCAAGGUCGGGCUCGUCCUCCUCCCGAUCGCGGUUGUGAUGGGCCUGCUCUACCUGCUCCUGCUGUACCUCUUGAAGGACGCAGAGCUGCUGCAGGCCCACUGGGGCAGCGAAGGCCGGCUCGGCGGACCAGGCAGUCGGAGGAGGCGCAAGCAAGAAGCGGAGAAGAGGCCGGACGCAGGCGUCGAGGUCGUCAAGCAGAUGUCGGCGCGGCACAUCAACGACGUCGAGCUCAUCGCAAGCGGAGGAGACGUUGUCGCAAGCUGGGCUGCGCUCGAGGACUGCAUCCUCGUUAGGCAGCGGCACGGCGUCUCGGUCACGCUCGACAUACCGGUCGACGCGGAGCCUGCAGUCCUCUCCGCCCUCGUCGUCGACCCUACUGGACGCUUCUGUGCGGCUGCGACAGCGACAGGCCGGCUUCACGUAUGGUCGCUCGAGGACGGCGGCGCUCCGCUCGCUCUGAACAGCACUCGCACGACCCAGUCGCCCAUCCUUGCGCUCGCUGUGCGCGGCUCGACGGCUCAGAGCGGCGCAGGACUCGUGAAUGCAUCGACGAUGCCGUCUCUGUACGGUUCUGUCGAUGCGGGAGACUUCGACUCGGACGAGCAGGCGGUCUUCUUCGCACUCCAUCGCGACGGGACCGUGGCGGGGUGGAAGCCUUCAAUCGGCCAGUCGAUCAUUGUCGCUCCUUACGAUUCUCGGCAAGAUGCGUCGACCCGGACGACUUUCGUCGCAGCGACAUGCGCAGGCUCGCCUUCGGCUACGCCACUCCUGGCAAGAAUGUCGCACGAUGGCCACCUUCAGCUCGUCUCCAUCAACGCCGGUUCCGAAGAAACCGUACUCGACGAUUACGUUGGCCGCGCUGGGGCUCGGCUCACUGCAUUGGCCGUCUCGCGAGCCGAAGGAGGGUUCCUCGCAACAGGCUACUCGGACGGUCAUGUCGUCUUCCGAUCUCUCGCAAGUCCAGCACAUUUGCUUGCUGAGACGCAUGCCAUCGACGGACCCGUGCGACGAAUCCAUCUCCUGCCCGCCCCUGAACGGCAGACCUGCUCGGACUGCGGCGAACAAGUCGACGAUGGGGUCGUCGCCAUCAUUUCCGACCGUUCGACUUUGAAGGUCUUGCGCGUCUACGCGCCUCCGACUACGGCAGCUGUCGAGCCGUGCAAGUGCAACGCGGACGACGUCGCUACGAUCGCUCGAAGCCGGUCAUCCUUUAUGGGAGUUGGCAGUCCUGCGAUGGUCCGCACCCUCAGCAACGGCAUGUCACGUCGCUUCUCGCCUCGCAAGAAGCCGCCGACACCUGUACGACCGCAGCAGCAGCCAUCCCUUCUCGGCGACUCGCCUAUUCGACCGCGGACGCGACAGUACGCCAGCAACGGCUCGUCCUCGUCGUCCGGCUCCAGCUCGCCAACGCGAGACCGCUCUCUCAACGGCCUGAGUAUGCUGGGCUCGCCGGCUCCGCCACCUCCCAUGGCCACCUCGCCCACCGUCUCUCAGCCAUCUUCGCCUCGCAGUUCGACCGUUCCCCUUGCGCCGGAUACCGACACCAUCGCCUCGCUCGACAGUAUCAGCUCCGGUCCGACGUCGCCAAUGCGGUGUGUCGAAGUCGCUUGCAUGCCUCUCGACGACCGCGGCGAUUGGGAGGUCAUGGCUGGACGCCUGGUCGGGUUCCGGCGGGCUCGCUCGCUCGAGGCGGCGGGCCAGCGGGGAUGGGAGGUAUGGACAAUGGGCCUUGGUCGUGCAAAUACGCCCUACGACGAGGGGUACGAGGAGGGUACGGCGAGUCUUGCGGACUUGCUGCAGGCUGAGCGGGAGGAAGGCGGAAACGCGGCGUCGCAAUCGGUCGCGCCACCUGCGACACUACGGCAGCGCCGACCUAGUGCAGUACAUGCACUUCGUUCGCCUCGAGCAUCGCUUUCCGCGACGAGGCCAUCCUCAAUCCGUUUCGCAGAGAACACGGCCGACCUCCCCUUCUCUCGCGCUCGACCCGUCGUGUCCGCACUGGACGGCAAGGGAGUAUCGGUCGCGCUCGGCAACAGGGUCAUCGUACUGCGCUCGGCGAAGAAGCAGAACAACGGUGUGGUGGCGCAGCAGAGCGGAUUUUUGGGUUUAUAG